AUGAAUGCAUAUGAUUCGGCAAGUAUCUACAAAGCUCGUUCAAAGCAAUAUCACGACGCCCGUAUUGAGAAAAGAGAGUUCAAGGAGGGAGAGAAAGUCCUCCUCUAUAAUUCCCGUUUGAAGUUAUUCCCGGGAAAGCUCAAGUCCCGGUGGAGCGGGCAAUUUGAUGUUGUGAGAGUGUUCCCACAUGGUGCAAUUGAGAUUCGGGGAGAAGAUUACGGCCCCUUCAAGGUUAAUGGUCAUAGGCUCAAGCACUAUUAUAUGGGUGACUCUCUUGGUUCGUUUGCUAUCAUUGACCUCAAGGACCCCCCAUGA